AUGCACGCAGGCGUGGAGCCGUGGCUCGCGGACGCGCGUGGGCGGCGGACGGAGGCGGUCCUGAGCGUGGCGGAGGGGCUCGAGUGCGGCCCAUUCUGCGCGGGUGCGGGGCCCUCGCCCCUCCUUUACCGUGCUCUCGUGACGGCGUAUCUUGUGCAGAACGACGUGCUCAACGCGACUUGGGCGCUGCGGAGGUGGGCGGUUGCGAAGCCGGCGGGCGGGGAUGAGCAACAGGACCGGGUGCGUGAGUCGCUCGAGAGAGUCGCACAGCACUGCGGCCGCUACGCGUACAGCGAGGCCUUCAGGGAGGCUGCUGCUGCUCUGCUUGGUAACGCAGCCGCAGAGGGCGUGACGCUUCUCGGGGACUGCCUGCUGGACUACUUGGCCGCGCGCCACACUCACCAGCGGAGGACCUUUUACGGCGAGGAUAGUCGUAUGGAGAAGCACGCAUCGGAGCUUGGAGUGACGCCUGCUGAUUUGGAGGUGCGGCUGCAGCGUGUGCGGGAUGAUGGUCUGCAGCGCAUAGAGGGCGACGUGGGGGACGACACGAACGAGAGAUUGCGCGAGGCGCUGUGCUGCAUGAUGGAGGCCGGGAGAGUGGUCUGA